AUGUGCCCAGAUACUUAAACAGUUGGAUUGAACAAAUGUACCUCAGGAAUUAAGAAUUCUUCCUGGAAAGAGUUUCCAGAUUGUUUGAACUUCUCUGGCCGCACAAUACAGGACGGACUGAAGCAGCAUAGGACCAACAGCGUCUGCAGCAUGGGCUGGUUCGCUAGGAUUGUCUGUCUUUUCUGGGGAGUAUUACUUACAGCAAGAGCAAACUAUCAAAAUGGGAAAAACAAUGUGCCAAGACUGAAAUUAUCCUACAAAGAAAUGUUGGAAUCCAACAAUGUGAUUACUUUCAAUGGCUUGGCCAACAGCUCCAGUUACCAUACCUUCCUUUUGGAUGAGGAACGGAGUAGACUGUAUGUUGGAGCAAAGGAUCAUAUAUUUUCAUUCAACCUGGUUAAUAUCAAGGAUUUCCAAAAGAUUGUGUGGCCAGUAUCUUACACCAGAAGAGAUGAAUGCAAGUGGGCUGGAAAAGAUAUUCUGAAAGAAUGUGCUAAUUUCAUCAAGGUGCUUAAGGCUUAUAAUCAGACUCAUUUGUAUGCCUGUGGAACAGGGGCUUUUCAUCCAGUUUGCACCUACGUUGAAAUUGGACAUCAUCCUGAGGACAACAUUUUUAAGCUGCAAGACUCACAUUUUGAAAAUGGCCGUGGGAAGAGCCCAUAUGACCCUAAACUGCGUACGGCAUCUCUUUUAAUAGAUGGAGAAUUAUACUCUGGAACAGCAGCUGAUUUUAUGGGGCGAGACUUUGCUAUCUUCCGAACUCUUGGGCACCAUCAUCCGAUCAGGACGGAGCAGCACGAUUCCAGGUGGCUCAACGAUCCAAGGUUCAUUAGUGCCCACCUCAUCCCAGAGAGUGACAACCCUGAAGAUGACAAAGUGUACUUUUUCUUCCGUGAAAACGCAAUAGAUGGAGAACACACUGGAAAAGCCACUCACGCUAGAAUAGGUCAGAUAUGCAAGAAUGACUUUGGGGGCCACAGAAGUCUGGUGAAUAAAUGGACAACAUUCCUCAAAGCUCGUCUCAUUUGCUCAGUGCCAGGCCCAAAUGGCAUCGACACUCAUUUUGAUGAAUUGCAGGAUGUAUUCCUGAUGAAUUCUAAAGAUCCUAAAAAUCCAGUUGUAUAUGGAGUAUUUACAACUUCCAGUAACAUCUUCAAGGGGUCAGCCGUGUGCAUGUAUAGCAUGAGUGAUGUGAGAAGGGUGUUCCUUGGACCAUAUGCUCACAGGGAUGGUCCCAACUACCAGUGGGUGCCUUAUCAAGGAAGAGUCCCUUACCCACGACCAGGAACUUGUCCCAGUAAAACUUUUGGUGGAUUUGACUCUACAAAAGACCUUCCUGAUGACGUUAUAACAUUUGCAAGAAGCCAUCCAGCCAUGUACAAUCCAGUAUUUCCUAUCAAUAACCGGCCGAUAAUGAUCAAAACAGAUGUAAAUUAUCAGUUUACACAAAUUGUGGUAGAUCGAGUGGAUGCAGAAGAUGGCCAGUAUGAUGUCAUGUUUAUUGGAACAGAUGUUGGAACUGUUCUUAAAGUAGUUUCAAUUCCUAAGGAGACCUGGCAUGAUUUAGAAGAAGUUCUGCUUGAAGAAAUGACAGUUUUUCGGGAACCAACUUCUAUUUCGGCAAUGGAGCUUUCCACUAAGCAGCAACAACUAUAUAUUGGCUCUACCACGGGGGUCACACAACUCCCUUUACACAGAUGUGAUAUUUAUGGGAAAGCCUGUGCAGAGUGCUGCCUUGCCCGAGACCCUUACUGUGCCUGGGAUGGCUCCUCAUGCUCUCGCUAUUUUCCUACUGCAAAGAGACGCACGAGACGACAAGAUAUAAGAAAUGGAGAUCCAUUGACCCACUGUUCAGACUUACAACACCAUGAUAAUCACCAUGGCCACAGCUUCGAAGAAAGAAUCAUCUAUGGGGUAGAAAAUAGUAGCACGUUCCUGGAAUGCAGUCCGAAGUCACAGCGAGCUCUGGUCUAUUGGCAAUUCCAGAGGCGAAACGAAGAGCGAAAAGAAGAGAUCAGAGUGGAUGAUCAUAUCAUCAGAACAGAACAAGGCCUUCUACUGCGUAGUCUGCAGCGGAAGGAUUCAGGCAAUUACCUCUGUCAUGCGGUGGAACACGGCUUCAUGCAAACUCUUCUUAAAGUGACCCUAGAAGUCAUCGACACAGAGCAUUUGGAAGAACUUCUUCAUAAAGAUGAUGAUGGAGAUGGGUCUAAGACCAAAGAAACGUCCAACAGCAUGACGCCUAGCCAGAAGGUCUGGUACAGAGACUUCAUGCAGCUCAUCAACCAUCCCAACCUGAACACAAUGGAUGAGUUCUGUGAACAAGUUUGGAAAAGGGACCGAAAACAGCGUAGGCAAAGGCCAGGACAUACCCAAGGGAACAGUAACAAAUGGAAGCACUUACAGGAAAAUAAGAAAGGCAGAAACAGGAGGACCCACGAAUUUGAGAGGGCACCCAGGAGUGUCUGA